GCCUCUUCCUCCUCCGCCCCCCUCGCCGCCCCGCCCUCUGUUCUCCUAACCUUCCGCUCUCCUUUGCCGUCUUCGUCCCCACUCCCCCACCCACCUCUCCACAGCCGCGACGAAUCGAACUGAGGCGCGGCGCGGACAACUUACGGGGCUCGCUCGCCAGUCGCCACCUGCCGCCCCGGAGCGCCCCCAAGAACAGCCGCUAGGGUUGAGGAGCAAGGCGGGGCGAGGAAGGGAGGAAGACCGGAGGCGGAGAGGCGAGCGCGGCGCGGACGACUUACCGAGCGAGCUCGCCCCCUGCCGCCGCGGAGCGCGCCUCAAGAACAGCCGCUAGGGUUAAGGAGCAAGGCGGGGCGAGGAAGCGAGAAAGACCGGGGGCGGACCGGCGGAAAGGCGACUCAAGAAGGAGAGUCAUGGCGUUUGUGGCCCGCGCGGCCAUCUUGGCCCGGGAUGCGGCGAUCGACCCCCGGCCCGUCGACGCCAAGAAGCUCUCCCUGAUCGCGGAUAUGGUGGCGCACGCCGCUGCGGCCGCGGGCUACGACGCCGAGCGAUUGAUGAAGGCGUCCUAUCAUCUGAUGGGAUGUGAACCCGAGAAGACGCCCGAUGCGGCAGACCAGAUUGGCAUCGCCGCCGGGAUGCUAGCCGGAGGAGCUCAACAGGAUCUCUUGGCGCAGGCCGCUCUGGAUUUGCAGCGAGCGGCGAGUCACUUCAGCCAAGCGGCAAUCAAGAAAUCCAACGCCGACAAAGUGGCCAACGCGGCCUCCCUGGUCCGGCAAGCUGCUUCUCGGUCGCCCCUCGACGCCACCUACCUCUCUUGGGUGUCGGAUAGGGUGGCCUACGCCUCCGCUAGAUACCUCAUUCAUCAGGAACCCGAAUCACUCCGGGAGGCUUCACAGUUCCUCGCCUCAUCCGAUCCUGAGAAGAGGCAGAGGGCAGCCGACGCGGUCAGCGUCGCCGCCGCCCAUGUGGCUCAACGUGCCGAGGACGCCAGCACUGACGCCGCCAUCGCGGACAAGGAAGCACUGCUUCUAUUAGCAGAGGCAGCUCUCGAGCUAGAGCGCACGGCCAAGCAAUUCGGGGAGGCGGCGGCGAGGGAUUUGAAGGGGCGAGCUUGGAUGUUGCUGUUGGGGUGGCGCAACAAGGGAAAGGAGAAGGAGGACGAGAGCGGCGGCCUCAAUGAGCAUUUGCUCCCCGUCCCCUCAUCUUCCUCGUCCACAGGCACAGCCGAACAUCCUCAGGGACCUCAGCGGCCACCCAAGGACCCCGACCUUGGAGACUAUUUGGGGUACCCACUAUUCGGCUCACUCACCCUACUGCCAUACUUGGGAGCUGAUGGACUGACAAAGGGCAUGUCACCCGACGAUAGAUGGUGGUUUCACGUUCUCUUCAGUUGCUUUUGGGGCAUGGUAGCUUUCGGUGCUCUGUGCAAGCAUAGCCAGUAUCGAGUCUUAAUCUGGUAUGCUUGGCUUGCUGACCGCAUUGGCAUGCUGGCCAUCACCGCCCUUGUGGUGUUCUACAGCUGCUUUAUUAUAGCACCAGAGGCCACUACAACUGUCAAAUUCAUUUUGGGCGCUGCUGCUGCUGUACAUAUAGGGUCUUCCAUUUUGGAAGCAGUGAGUUUUUUGUUGCAAAGGAGGAGGCAGUGAGUUGACAUAGUGUCGAACCUCUUUGCAAGAAUAGCCGGCAUCGGUUCUCACUCUUGUACGCUCAGUUCGGGAACCGCCCUUGUUCCUCACAGUUCCUAAGGCAUUUUCCUCACCACGACUGCUGCAAGAACUGCAGGGAAGUGACAGAGUGUAGAGUUUGACCAUACAGAGAAGGAAAGCGUAGAGUGUGACCAUACAAAACCAGAGGGACGAUACAUCGGCCUCGCAAGUGUUGAUUCUAACCAUUUUGUCAUACAAACAAGGGAAGUGUGGAGUAUGAACAUAUGUGGUGUAUAGAAACUUCGUAUGUGCUGUCUUCUGAAUAUAUUUUCCUCUGUUGUUGUAUGUAGUUUUAAG